UCGACGAGGGUCAGUAGAGCAGAGCCGCGACUCUCGGUCGUACGCGUCUCGCUGGCCGCUGCUCGAUUCGGCACUCGAGGCCACUACGAACAUGCCACAGCUGGAAGCUACGCAGCCAGUCAAUCCGAGUCUCUAGUGCGAGAUGGCCUUGAUCAGGUGCUGUUUUGAGGCCGAGGCGCCGGACUUGUUCGAGUCCGUCGUAAGCAAGUGCACCGAUCCAGGAUGCUGUUGUUGGUGUUGUUCUGCGCUAAGACCAAGGUACAAACGAUUAGUGGACAAUAUUUUCCCAGUCAACCCACAGGAUGGGUUGAUUAAAAAUAACAUGGAAAAAUUAAUGUUUUAUUCACUAAGCAGUCCAGAAAAACUUGAUAGAAUAGGAGAGUAUCUAUUUCAAAGAGCAUCGCGAGAUAUUUCUAGGCGUAGAAAUGGAUUUGUUAUUAUUGCUAUGGAAGCAAUGGAUCAAUUAUUAGCCGCUUGUCAUGCUCAAACUCUAAAUUUAUUUGUAGAAAGUUUUCUGAAAAUGGUUCAAAAGUUACUAGAAUCAACCGACCCUCAAUUACAAAUUUUAGCUACUCAAUCAUUUGUUAGAUUUGCCAACAUCGAGGAGGACACGCCGUCUUAUCACACACGUUACGAUUUCUUUGUAUCAAAAUAUUCUUCAAUGUGCCACUCCAACCAUGAUGAUUCCUCAGUACGAAAACAGAUUCGGCUUGCAGGAAUUCAGGGAUUGCAGGGUGUUGUAAGAAAAACCAUCUCCGAUGAUUUAGUGGAAAAUAUUUGGAAUAUAGUUCACAUGGAUAAAAUUGUACCUUCUUUGCUCUACAAUAUGCAAAAUGCUAGGUAUUCUAAUAAAGACAAUAAUACUCUAGAAAGUCCUACUGAAGAAAGAUCAGAUCCACCAAAAUUUGCAGAAACUUGUAUGAGGGAGUUAGUGGGUCGAGCAUCAUUUGGCCACAUUCGUUGUGUUAUUAAGCCAGUUUUGAAACAUUUAGAUAAUCAUCAAUUGUGGGUUCCAAAUUAUUUUGCUAUUCAUACAUUUAGAAUAAUAAUGUUUUCUAUUCAGUCACAGUAUUCAUACACUGUUGUUGAAGCUUUGAUGACACAUUUGGAUGAACAUUCUCAAUCAUCUCCAAAAAUUCGUACAAGCAUAGCAGAUACAUUGUCAAAAAUUAUUUCUAUUGCAGCUGGUGAAAGCGUUGGUCCAUCUGUUUUGGAAAUUAUUAGUUCAUUAUUAACUCAUUUGCGAGUCAGUGUAUCUAGAAAUCAAUCGUCAACCAAUGAUGAACAACUUUAUCAAGAGGCACUUAUAAAUGCACUUGGAGAAUUUGCAAAUCAUCUUCCUGAUUACCAGAAAAUCGAAAUUAUGAAGUUUAUUAUGAGUAAAGUGCCAUAUGGAGAACCAGAUUCAAUUACUUCUGCUGGAAAAGGAGAUGUACUACUGCAAAGUAUAUUAUUAAAGUCAUUAUUGAAGGUUGGAACCAAGUACCAAACCAUUCAUUUAAACACAACAUUCCCACCAAGUUUUCUUCAACCACUUUUGAGAAUGUCUUUGGCAACAGAUGCUGAAAUGAGACUUUUGGUACAAAAAAUUUUUCAUACACUAAUAGAUAGGCAUAAAAAUAUUACCAAAUUAGCUAAACCAACGGUUCAUAUCAUUGAAUUGGAUCUUGCAAUUGAAAAGGCAUCUAGACCAGAUGUUAUAUUUAUUAAGAAACAUGGACCUGAAAUUUAUAUGGCUCUGUAUGAAUCCCUUGAGUUAACUAGCAAUAGAGUUGAAAAUGUUGAAUCUAUUUAUACAACAUUAGCCUUACUUACUGUUGAACUAGCAUCUGAAGAAACAGUAUUGGAGCUAUUGCGAUUGGUUAUGAGCCUUCAAGAUCUUGCUUUAACAAGUGCUCAAAUUAACAUAUUUAUUAAAUAUAAUUUACAUGCGAUGGUCAUAAGUUUACUAGUUCUCAUUGCAUACGUUUGUAACAUAUCUACGCUCAUUGAUUAUGUAAAUAAAAUUGUUGAAGCUAGAUGUAAAGAUGCUCCACAUUUAUUACCUAAUUUACGCUCGCAAUACGGGACACAUCUACCUUCAAGAAUACAAGCUUCUCUUUUAGUUGACCAAACCAUUGUUACUGAAUGCCUCAAAGGUGUUGGUUUGGAAACUGGAAAACUACAACAAGGAUCUGGUUACAGUAGUAGUUCCUUGCAACAUAGACAUUCUUGGGUUGACAGUGCUGGUCGAAGUUCAUUGGGUGAUAUUAAUGGUGGAACCAAUGAAUUGGACAGUGCAGGCUCAUCUCCUGGAGUGCAAAGGAAGUUACCUGGAGAAGAAUUGACAUUUGAUAGCAUGAAGAGAAUUUUGACUGAAACUAAUAAUUUGCAAGUAAUAGAAGAAGAAAAACGAGCACAAUUUUCGCAACUAUUUAGAAAUGCUCCAUUCCAAGAGUUGGUUAAAAAAACACAGCCAAAACAUGAUGUAUUACAAACCAAAUUAUCUGAAAUAUUCAAUACUUUGAUGAUUGAGCCGAGAAGCCAGUCAAUACCUGGAGGUACACCAUCUGAUACUAAACCAAGUCAAACUCCAGCUUAUGAAAUACAUUUCCCAGAGCUGUUUGUUUACUAAAUCAAUGUUUACAAUAUUUAAUCCAAAAAACCAGAUAAAUAAGUUAAAAAUUGCUAGUACAGCAAUUUAUAAAAUUAUGUACUAUAGAUAAUGCUAAGUUUAGUUAUUGUAAAAUAUAUUUCUUAUAUUCCAACCAAGCAGAAUAUAUAACUAACAUGUACCAUAUUUCAAAUGAAUUAAUUAAAUUAUA